UAUGAUGCUUCUAAUCACGACUUGCACUUAAUCAGUUCCGGUGCUGUCCGAUGUCUCCUCAGGCCCAGCUACAUGCUUGCAAUGGCUGGUGUGAGCUGAAAAUGUGUUGCUGGUCAAAGCACAGCAGGAAUGUAUUUUGUGGAAAACUCCAGUGUGCAGCUGGGAGUACACAGCCAAUCGAAAAUAGAGAGGUGGCGUCCAUGACCACUUCUGUGGUUGUUUACGGUGUGAAGUAUAACUGCAGAGGGAUAGUUUCUGAUGAAGGUACUGCCGGCACACAAGUUCAACAUGGAACGAAGUGUGGCAACAACAAGGUUUGCAACAACAAAGGUACCUGUCACUGUGAUGUUGGCUGGGCUCCUCCAUUUUGUAAAACCAAGACUAGCAGCUUUGACAGUGGACACAUGAUCAGAACAGACACAGGAAGUAUACCUAAGCCAGCUGUCCUGAGUGUUACGAUCAUGGCACCAGCUUUAAUAGUCCCAGUAUUAGCCUAUUUCCUCGUGAAGGUAUUUAUGAAGAAAGCCAAGAUUGCAAGUGCAAGAUCUCUAGCAAGUUAAAGAAAUGGUGGCUGUCCAAGAUUGAGACACCGACUCGCCAUGAAAAAUUGUGAGCUGCACCCAUUGUGCUCAAGCCUCUGUGUCGCAAUUCAGUGCACAAAAUAAGAUUCAUUCUGAAUGACUGUAAUUUCCCAA